AAGUUGACCGACUGGAUUGCAUGGCUGAAAGUGUAUGGAACCUGCGCUUCUGGAAAAAUAUUUACAAGUGGACAUAACAUUGAAGGAAAACAAACAAGACACGCUGAAUACUUCGUAUGAGGCUUCUCUUCGUGCGGGAUAUUGGUUUAUUUUGCGACAGCUGCCUGUAAAAGCUCAUACGAGAGGUUUGAGCCAAUAUUAAUAUUUACAUAAUCGUGCUCAUUCGGGCUCGCGCAUCGUAUAGACUUCAGCUGUAAGUCUACGCAUUGACAUUUUACGCAUAACUCAAAUCACAACUUUCUCUACAUGCGAGAUAUAGUAUAUAUACCGUGUUUUUCAUUAUUUUAAGUUAUUCGGAAAAAACAAGUUAUACAACAGGGAGGCGUACUUUGCGUUGCGCCUUGGUCCUAAAGCCGGUCGCGUAUUCGUCUGUUGCGCGGGUAUCCAGCGCGUGCCCCAAUGCUUCAUCUGAGGUCGUGUUCCAAAUUAUUAGACGUAAUGAUGGAAAGUGUUUUGUUGGAGCAAGGCUAACUAUUUUCUCUCUCUCAUUAAAUCCAGAAUAAUUUGAACGUGCAUAUAUAGUGAUUUUGUAAGAUUAUUUGUCGUUUUUGUUUACGCAUUUGAGAGCAGUUUCUUUUUUGGAGAGUGUUGUAGAAUAACCCUUGCAUACUAAAAGCUGGACUUUAGUGGAGUAAUGGUGGUCAAUACAGUCCACUGGUUCAGGAAGGGCUUGCGGCUCCACGACAAUCCUUCACUCAGAGACUCUAUUCUGGGAGCGCACAGUGUCCGCUGUGUGUACAUCCUCGACCCCUGGUUCGCAGGAUCCUCCAACGUCGGGAUCAGCAGGUGGAGGUUUUUGCUGCAGUGUUUGGAAGACUUGGACGCCAGCCUCCGCAAACUCAAUUCACGACUCUUUGUUAUCCGUGGCCAACCCACCGAUGUCUUCCCCAGGCUUUUCAAGGAAUGGAACAUUAAUCGUCUGUCCUACGAGUAUGACUCAGAGCCAUUUGGAAAGGAGAGAGAUGCUGCUAUCAAGAAGCUAGCCAAUGAGGCAGGCGUGGAGGUGAUAGUUCGCAUCUCUCACACGCUCUACGAUCUGGACAAGAUCAUCGAGCUGAAUGGAGGUCAGUCUCCGCUCACGUAUAAGCGCUUCCAGACCCUCAUCAGCAGGAUGGAGGCGGUGGAGACACCCGCAGAGACCAUCACUGCAGAAGUCAUGGGGCCGUGCACCACACCGCUUUCUGAUGACCAUGAUGAGAAGUUUGGAGUUCCCUCUUUGGAAGAGCUCGGCUUCGACACAGAGGGCCUUUCCUCAGCUGUGUGGCCAGGAGGAGAAACAGAGGCCCUCACUCGCCUAGAGAGGCACCUGGAGAGGAAGGCUUGGGUGGCCAACUUCGAGAGACCAAGAAUGAAUGCCAAUUCGCUGUUGGCUAGUCCUACGGGCCUCAGCCCAUAUUUAAGAUUCGGCUGCCUCUCCUGUCGACUCUUCUACUUCAAACUCACAGACCUCUACAGGAAGGUCAAAAAGAACAGCUCACCUCCUCUGUCCCUCUAUGGCCAAUUACUGUGGCGUGAAUUCUUCUACACGGCUGCUACAAACAACCCACGCUUUGACAAAAUGGAAGGGAACCCCAUUUGCGUGCAGAUCCCAUGGGAUAAAAACCCAGAGGCUUUGGCAAAGUGGGCUGAAGGCAGGACGGGUUUCCCCUGGAUCGACGCCAUCAUGACCCAGCUGAGGCAAGAGGGCUGGAUCCACCAUCUGGCCCGACACGCAGUGGCCUGUUUCCUCACCCGUGGAGACCUGUGGAUCAGCUGGGAGGAGGGCAUGAAGGUGUUCGAGGAGCUGUUGUUGGAUGCAGACUGGAGUGUGAACGCAGGAAGCUGGAUGUGGCUGUCCUGCAGCUCCUUCUUCCAGCAGUUCUUCCACUGCUAUUGCCCUGUGAGCUUCGGCCGCCGCACUGACCCCAACGGAGACUACAUACGGCGAUAUCUGCCAGUCUUAAGGGGUUUUCCUGCCAAGUAUAUCUAUGACCCCUGGAAUGCUCCAGAAAGCGUCCAGAAAGCAGCCAAAUGUAUAAUUGGUGUCCACUACCCUAUGCCCAUGGUGCAUCACGCUGAGGCAAGCCGCCUUAAUAUAGAGCGUAUGAAACAGAUCUACCAGCAGCUGUCUUGCUACCGAGGCCUGGGACUGCUGGCAAUGGUGCCGUCCAACCCUAAUGGAAAUGGGGAGAAUUCCACAAGCUUAAUGGGUUUUAAAACUGGAGACAUGACUAAGGAAGUCACUACACCUUCAGGGUAUCAGAUGCCGCCCACCUCUCAAGGAGAAUGGCAUGGCAGGACAAUGGUUUACUCACAAGGAGACCAACAAACAAGCAGCAUCAUGACUUCACAAGGUUUUGGCAACAAUGGAAGCACAAUGUGCUACAGGCAAGACGCACAGCAGAUAACAGGACGAGGCUUACACAGCAGCAUCAUCCAGACCUCUGGAAAACGACACAGCGAGGAGUCUGGUCCUACCACUGUCUCAAAAGUCCAGAGGCAGUGCAGCUCCUAAACAUCAGAAAGGGCCAGCACUACUUCGCAGAGGCCUGAUUUUAUUUGUUCGCACCUUUUCCCGAGUUGUUACAUUUUGCAUUUUUAUGGAGGAAACCAAAAUUCCAUUGACGGGAGCAUUUCAAGGGAGUGCAUGAUUAUCUCUAUAAGCACAUCAACACAUAACACUUCAAAACAAUCAGACUGCACAUUAUCCCAGGGACUUCACCCAAGCGGUCACCAACAUCCUAACAACAUUGCAAUUAUGUUGCGGCUCUGUGAUCUGCACAGCUGCAAUGUUCUGUCAACGUUGCGUUCAUGUUUGGACUGGUUGGGACUAAAUUUUUGUUGUGUAUAUAAGGAUUUGACAAAUAUUCACAUACAAAAUGUACAUAUUUAAUAUUGUAUGUGCUUUCUCUUUUUCAUGUAGUCAUAGACCCAUUGAUAUAUUUUUGAUAUAAAGGAUCAUUGUGGAUCGACUCUUCUUUAUGAAAACAUGAAAUUGAACCUUUUAAAGCAUUUGUAGACUGUGUAUACUGAGCCUGUCCACGGGCUGCUUGCUUGCACUAUGUUUUUUUGAUCUCUCAUUUGCUUGCUCGUCCUCAAGUCUGUCUCUAUCACAGCUGUACAUGAUCUCUCGGUUGCCAGACUGACAUCUGUCUCGUACACCUAUUCAGUCCCUGUUUACUCCCACUCUUUAUCUGGGUGUCUUUCCAUUGCUGUAAAGUGUAUGAAACUAUAAUUCACCAUUGUGUUUCUCAUCCUUUCACAUUGUGCUUGUUUAAUAAAGUGUAAAUGUA